GUUGUAGUCUACAUAAUGUCGUAUAAUUGUUGCGCCAGUUGCAACAAUACAAAAAGGUUGUUUGACAGCGUGAACUCUGCGGUGAUGCAUUGAGCGCUGCAGUCAAUGGAUGGGGUAAACAUAUAUUUAAAGUGUCAUUCAGACCAUCCAGAUACAGUAGUUAGUCGUAAAUCUUCAAAAAUGCUGCGCAUGUUAGAUGCUUUUCAAUAACGUCGUUAGCAAGUUAAGCUAACGUUAGCUAGUCGAAUGUGUUGUGGUCAUCUCGGUUGAAUCGUUUUCAGUUUAAACAAGAAAAGCUCACGUUAACGAGUUGUGAUUUCAUUAACCAAAUCAAAGGUAAGUCACCUAAAUGUAAUUUUAUUUGGGGUUGAGGAGGGUGUAGCUGAUUAGCUAACUCCUGUUGAGCUAACGCUGUCUGCAAGCAAAGUUAUGAUAACUAGCUUUAACGUUCCCCAAAAUUAGCCCCACAUAGGACGAGGCGUCCUGUAGUGUAGGGCUAAAGAAAAUAUGCUGUCAGGUUGAGACAAGGAAUGAACCCUACCUGUUUGUCAAAUGAAGUGUAGAUUUGUGACACCGUCUAGGAAGUGAUUUAUGGGGAUGAACGAUCUUAUUCCUCCUUCACCCACCCCUCACUCAGAUGAUGGAGGAUUUCUCUGGCCUGGCCCUGCCGCCUCUCUUUGGGGGCCACAUCCUGGAAGCAGAGCUGGAGCCAGGCGGGGUGGAACUGGGCCCAGGGGAGGUAAGUAAGAGUUCUGACUAUUAUGAUUCCAGUGGCUCGGUUGGUUGGAAAUGGAAUAUGGUGCUAGAGCAGGGGUAUUCAACUCUUACCCUACAAGGUCCGGAACCUACUGGUUUUCUGUUCUACCUGAUAAUGAAUUGCACUCACCAGGUGUCCCAGGUCUAAAUCAGUCCCUGAUUAAAGGGGAACGGGGGGUGGAGUGAAAUUGGCUUCGAGGUCCAGUGUUGAGUUUGAGGGAGCUAGAGUGUGUACUAAAUGACCGUUUUUAUCAUUAGGUAGAGCUUGGCCCUGGGGUCAGUGAGUUGCUAGAGGGCAGAGGUCAAGGGUCAGGAGCAAGGCCAGAGCAGGAGGAGGAGAAGAGGAGAGAAUUGGAGAAGAGGAAGUACCUGGCUUUGAUCAAGAGGUGUAAGGAGAUCGAACAGGUGAGUGACUGUGUGGAAUAAUUUGUGUGUGAUUGUAAGUGUGGAUUUUUAAUGCGACUUCACUAUCAUAUCUUCAGGUAGUGCUCUAUUUAAGAACCGAGUAAUACGGAUGAGCAUAUGUGAACAUAUAGUCUGCUGUUGGUAAUGCCAGUGCACACAUGUAGCAUAAAGAAAUGCAUGGUAAUGAAUCCUUUCUAGGGUUGCAAAAUUCUGGGAACGUUCAAUAAAUUAUCUGGUUUUCCAGAAAUCCUGGUUGGAGGUUUAUGGAUUUUUUGUUUAUUCCCUCCUGAUUCAGGGAAUCCUCCAACCAGGAUUUUGGGAAAACCAGGGUGUUUAUUGACAGUUCCAGGAAUUUUGCAACACUAAUCCUUUCACCAUUUUCUCUGCAGGUGAAUGAGAAGAUCCUUGGUCGCCUUCACCAACUACAAAGACUAACACGUCGCAUGAAGAAAGAGAGAAGGUAAAAAAAGGACUGAAGAUCUGUCUGUCCUUUCAUUGGUUCAUGUCUUUUUCAGUCUAUGGUCUAUUGGCCUCUCCAUUGUCUAUACAGGCUAGCUCAACUACAACAGCAACUUAACUUUCCCACUGUAGGUUCCUAAUGAAGACCCUCGACGCCCAUGGAGAUGACUAUAGAAAUGCACAGCUCACCAUAUUGCUUGAGGUGAGAGCAAGAUUUUCUAAAAGUAAAAAGUGUUUUUUUUAAAAUAAUAAACCAGCAAAAGAUCCAUGAUAUACAGUUAUGGUAUAUUCAAAUGUAACAACGCUUGCAUUAUUCAAUCUUUCACCAUUAACUUUGAUGGUGAUGCAGAAGAUGUCAACUGGGCUGUUUUUCUGUUGGCAUGAAACUGGAGAACUGUUCUGAAACUGAGGAGUUUUCUCCCACAUACUGUAUCUUUAUACUAAAUGCAACACUGUUGUUGUUUCAGGAAGAGUCUGGUGCCCAUUUAGACAUCAGCCCUAGAGCAGAAAAUGAUAGGCUGAAUGACCUUCCUAGCUCCUCCCCCUCUGUCCCAUUCCAAUCCACAGUGGGAUCCAAGAAGAAGAGGCAUCGAGUUCCAAAACAGGAGAAAGACCCACAGGUGGGUGAGACGUACUCAUAAACCAAGAGUGUGACAUUAACGUGCACACCCAAACCAAAUGAAUGAGCAAAGACUGUAGUGGUGAAAUAUGUGCGCGACUGUGUGCAGAGAAAGUUGGCGGCUUCUCCUUUACACUGAGAGUGCAUUGCAUAUUCUAUUCUGUGCAUAUGGAACAGAAUGCACUGCAGCGUUCUCCAAUCAGGCAGACGACAGAUCUGUCAAUCUGUUUCCCUACAAUGGUUCUGUUGUUAACACCAUCUUCACUCCUCUCCACAGACUGAAGCAGACGUCUCCAUGUUGGCAGAGACGCAGUUCAGUGACUUUCCAAGCCCAACCUCUUUGUCUCACUGACCAGGGGAAUGGCCUGCUGCUAGUGGGAGGAGAAAUGAAGCAGUAUUCUGUUGCUCGGACUCACACUUCCCCAGACGUGAUGUCACUGAAACGCAUACAGCCAGGGCUCUUUGGGAUGUUCUGAAAGUUGUAUUGGGCUCGAGCCCUGAUACGAUGGAAUAGGAUGAAGCUACCCCUGAUCUAAGGUUCUAUUACGUGGAUGCUGUCUACAGAACCUUUCAGAUAGAAAUGAAAAACAUAGUGUAUUUGAUUAUCAUUUGUGCACAACUGUGGUCUGUGGAAAUGACUGAAGGUCUUGACCAUGGUAAUCCACCCAUUCUGCUCGAGUAGAGAAUGCAUGGUCCGGUCCUUGCGAAAGUUACACUGACAAUACAUUUAUUGAUGUGAACCUUUAUCAGGAUACUCUUAACAUGUUUUAUGAUUGUUUGUCAAGGUGAUGCUUACUAAAUGUUCUGUAUAUAAAAAAAAAUGUAUUCA